GUAUGAUAAACUAAGCAAUUCUUUUUUGCUUUGGAUCCUCCGAACAGAACCUGCAAUACAUGAAAAACAAAGACAAGGUGACAAUAAACUAAUCUCCAAGACUUUGCUUACAAUAGUAAAUGUCCCUUACAAACAAAGUCAAAUCUCAGAGGAAACAAUCUUAGCAGAAGAAAGAUGAGUCUGAAUGUAGAUGUUGAAGAGUUGGUGACUGAAAUGGAGGAAGUACCCACUUUUGCUCCAUCUAUACCAGUCCCCAAUGUUCAAGAAAUUGUAAGGAAUAAUCCCCUGCAGGUUCCUCAAAGAUAUGUGAGGAGUAAUGAAGAACUGGAAAAAGUCAAUCACAUGCCUCACCUUUCAUCUGAGGUACCUGUCAUUGACUUAGCACUGCUCUCAUGUGGGAACAAGGAUGAGUUAUUGAAAUUGGAUGUAGCAUGCAAAGAGUGGGGUUUCUUUCAGAUAGUAAAUCAUGGUGUUAAGAAAGAGCUGGUGCAGAAAAUGAAGGAUGCAGCAGCUGAGUUUUUUGAACUUCCAAUAGAAGAGAAGAAAAAGUAUGCAAUGGAAUCAAACGAUAUUCAAGGUUAUGGGCAGGCUUAUGUGGUGUCCGAGGAGCAGAUACUAGACUGGUCAGAUGCAUUGAUGUUAGUCACAUGUCCCACCCGAUACAGGAAACUUCGACUUUGGCCAAAAACUCCAGAGGGAUUCAUGGAUGUAAUAGAAGCAUAUACAAGUGAAGUUAGACGAGUUAGUAAGGAAAUACAAAGUUCAUUGUCAGAGAUCAUGGAGACGCAGAAGCAUGUUUUUCUCGGACUGCAUAAAGAAUCAUUGGAAGGUUUUCGAGUGAACUAUUACCCUCCUUGUAACACACCUGAGCAAGUGCUUGGUUUGAGUCCACACUCUGACACAAGCACCAUCACCUUGCUUAUGCAAGAUGAUGAUAUAAAUGGGUUAGAAAUUCGACACAAAGGAGGAUGGGUGCCAGUGACUCCAAUAUCAGAUGCUCUAGUUGUCAAUGUUGGAGAUGUUAUUCAGAUCUUGACUAAUGGGAGAUACAAGAGUGUAGAGCACAGAGCAGUGACAAACAAGAACAAGAAAAGGAUUUCUUAUGCAUUGUUUGUGUGCCCAGAGGAUGAUGCGGAAGUUGAGCCCCUUGAUCAUAUGAUAGAUGCUCAAAACCCCAAGUUGUACCAGAAAGUGAGGUAUGGAGAUUAUUUGAGACAAUCUAUGAAGAGGAAAAUGGAGGGAAAAACACACAUUGAUGUGGCAAUGUUAGAGCAUUCUGAUACCAGGAAUGGAAACAACUGACAAAACAAAACAAAACUUACACCAAGUCCAAUUUCUCGAUUUACGAAUUGUGUUUGUAUUGUAAUAAGUGGGAAGAAAUAUUCCUUGACAUCAAACAUUUCCAUGAACAUUGUCUGAGAA